ACCACUCAAACCAUAGUCCAUUUGAUCCAUCUAGUGUAUGGGAAGCAGAGGAAUGGCUUCCAUUUCUCUAGAUCCAAGAUUGAGCAUCCAAAUGGACAAGAACCUCUAUCAAAAUGGAGUUGUGGUUGAAAAGGUUGAAGGCCUCAUUAGAGUUUAUAAUGAUGGGCAUGUCGAAAGACCUGCCAUAGUUCCCCAUGUCCCUUGCACAGUGGCUUUAGAACUUGGUGUGACAGUGAAGGAUGUAGUCAUUGAAAAGUACAGUAACUUAUGGGCGCGGUUUUACGUCCCGAGCUGCCUGGCAGGCAAGCUGCCUCUGCUUGUUUACUUCCAUGGAGGUGGAUUUUGCGUGGGCUCAGCUUCUUGGAGCUGCUACCACGGGUUCCUAGCCGACCUUGCUUCCAAAGCAGGCUGCUUGAUCAUGUCCGUGAACUAUCGUCUAGCCCCUGAAAAUCGUCUCCCAGCUGCAUAUGAGGAUGGUUUCAAUGCUGUCAUGUGGGUGAAAAACCAAGCCCUGAAUGGAGCUGGUGAGCAGAAAUGGUGGUUGAGUCGGUGCAAUUUGUCUAGCUUGUUCCUAGCUGGCGACAGUGCUGGUGCCAACAUAGCUUACAAUGUGGCCACACGUCUCGGAUCAUCAGAUACCACCUUUCUAAAGCCACUGUCUCUCAAAGGCACCAUCCUGAUCCAGCCCUUCUUUGGGGGAGAGGCGCGAACCGGGUCUGAGAAUCACUCCACUCAACCACCCAACUCAGCACUAACUCUAUCCGCUUCCGAUACAUAUUGGCGCUUAUCACUGCCUUUGGAUGCUAACCGAGACCAUCCCUGUUGCAACCCACUAGCAAAUGGUUCAACCAGGCUGCGCACUUUGCAACUUCCACCAACAAUGGUAUGCAUAUCAGACACGGACAUACUAAAGGACAGAAACCUACAGUUCUGCACAGCCAUGGCGAACGCUGGCAAAAGAUUGGAAACAGUGAUUUACAAAGGCGUAGGCCAUGCGUUUCAAGUUCUGCAAAACUCCGACCUCUCUCAACCUCGAACCAAAGAGAUGAUUUCUCACAUCAGGGCCUUCAUCACCCAAUAAUACUAGCAUAAAGGAGUAACGUUUUCCUUUUAAGCAAUACCAGGUUGUAUUAAAACCUUAGGAAUUGUAAAAUUGAGGCAGUAAACUAGUUGUUUUGUCAGUAAAUUGUAUUCUGUAUAGACAUUUGUAUGCUCUGAGAUCAUUUCCGUGUCAAUGAAUUGAUCAUAUAAGCGGCUAUUGCUUUUGAUAC